ACUGAUUCAGCCCGAUCCAUCUAGUUUCCGAAUUCUGAUCCACUUGGGCUAAAAGCCUAAAACGUCCGAAAGACGAUGGUAGGUUCUUGUCGAAUGCGAAAAUGGCAAGCGGGAGCUUGAAGAGCAUUCUGGCUGUGGCGGUAACGCAGGGAUUGACCGAGGCACGAGCAAGGAUAUUCGGACAUGUAAUCAAUCCCACAGGCAAGAGAUCUGCGCAUAAGCUUCUGCGGAAGAAGCUUAUCGGUGAGAAAGUGGCGCAGUGGUACCCUUAUGACAUUCAGCGAGACGACCCUCUCGUCAUGGCCCAGCAAGAACAAGAGCGCUUAUCAAGGCUGGAAAUGUUGAAGCGGAGAGGAAAAGGACCCCCCAAGAAGGGCCAAGGAAGGCGCGCUACCAAACGCAACAAAUAGAGAUACUGGUUUUUGCUGUUUGUGGAAUCAAUCUAUGAAAGCUGUUUUGAGCAGCAAAUCUUGUUAGCUUUUUCUUUAACACCGUAAAUUUGAUGCGUGUAAUUAGCAUCUUCAUCUUCAUUCACUAAAUUUAGUUCAUUGUAUGAUGAUUGAGAAUAGGAAGAGAAAGGGUGUUUCGGACAUCAAAAAAAUUGAAAUGCACGGUUGUGUUGUUCCUUCU